GAGUCUCGCUCUAUCGCUCAGGCUGGAGUGCAGUGGCACAAUCUCGGCUCACUGCAACCUCCACCUCCUGGGUUCAAGUGAUUCUCCUGCCUCAGUCUCCCGAGUAGCUGGGAUUAUAGGCGUGCACCACCAUGCCCAGCUAAUUUUAUAUUUUUAGUAGACACGGGGUGUCACCAUGUUGGCCAGGCUGGUCUCCAACUCCUGACCUCAGGUGAUCCCGCCUGCCUCAGCCUCCCAAAGUGCUGAGAUUACAGGAGUGAGUCUCUGCGCCUGGCCUGCCUCCUGUUUCUAACAGCUGCAUCUUUGUCCUUGAUUCCUUCUCACACCUGUUCUAGGCAUCUGAGAGAUCAUUAUCUCAAUCAUUCCUUCUUGCUGCUUCUCUUCCCUGCUGUCUUCACUCUUGCCCCUUCACCAACUCUUUCUAACAUCUGCCUAACAAACUUUGGUCUGUCCAAUCAUGCACAUGAAACAAAAACAAAACCCAACUUUCAUUCAAACCAAAAUCCUGAUUCUAUUUUUUGAAAUGGACAACUUUCUGAAAAGAACGAUCUAUAAAAUUUAGCUGCCUCCAUUUUCUUCUUAUAAAUUCUUCAUUCCUAACAAUCUGGUUUAUAGUUAAACUGCUCACCAGAAGAUUAUGCAAAUGACAUCCCAUUUGCCAAACCCCACUGAUCUUCCCAUAAUCAUUAUCUGACAUCACUGGUCAUUCCCUUAUCUCAACAUCGUAUCUUCCUUAGCUCUGAGACGUUUUCAGACCUCUCUUCUCUACGCCUCUUUCAUGCCUCUCCUAGCUUGCUAAGUUCUAAAGAGACAUUCACUACAUCUAGAUUUCAAAAUCCUGCUGAGUACCUGCCUAAAGUACGCAAGGCACUAUGCUGUGGAGAUAGAGCAGCUUUUAAGAGGGGGCUAACCAAGCAGGCUGGGUAAUAGGGUUUGGGUGCCCAGGGCCAAGCUUAGGCAAAUAACAGAAAAGAGCAAAGUAAGUGUAAUUUCAGAUCGUUAGAGAGCACUAAAAUUUAGAAGACCCAAAUUCAGCUGACAAGAUGAAGUACGAGAAUAGUACCCAAACAGGAAACAGAUGAGGUAACAAAUGGGGAAAGAGCUAGAAGGAGGGAGGAGGGUUCUUGCCAGAUGUGAAUGAAGCUGAAUUUGUCCUCAGUUUACCUAUCUAUGUUACCAGACUGACUUAAGAGUAAAGUCAAAGACGACUACAAAAAGUAAAAUAAAAUAGGGUGCUUGUUCUCAUAUGAUGCCUCAGCGUUUUCUGUGAAAUGUGCAUAAUGAUAGUAUCUACCUCACAGGAUUAAUUGAAACAAUAUAUGCAAAGAACUAAACCCUGGCCUGACAUGUAACAAAUGUUAGCUAUCAUUAUUAAUAUUCUAUCCUCUAAGCUAUUUAACAUAAAGCUUAAGUAAAUAUAAUUAAAUCAUUCCAGCAUCAAAUCUAAUUUUCUUCUUAAGUAUUUAGCAUACUCAAAAGUACCCCGUAUUAGUUAAUACUGAACAAACCAUUGAAAAUAGGAUAUAAACUUGGGUGUAAGACUCAAAAUAAAGGGAAUUUUCUCCCUGCUGAGCCACUAAAACAACUCUUCACACUGGUCACCAAAAGCCUAUUUUCAGGGCUUUAUGAUCCCUUUUUAGCUACUUUUGAACUACUUUCUAACCUCUCAAUACUUUCUUGCCCUUUUGAUUAGAAGAUGGCACAGCCUUUAAAGCAGGCUCCCCUUCUUCUGGCUGUCUUUUGAAUUCUAGUAUUUCUUAGGUUCACUCCUACUUUUUCCUUCCUUUCAAAGCCUUUCCAACAUGUGACACUACCUUAGCGUACCAUUAGUGGCUUAAAUGGUAUCCUGGUUCCUACUUUCUCCCAAUCUUAGUCUGUCCUUCAUGCUGCCACCAGAAUUUUUUUUUUUUUAAUGCCAAAUGUUUGUGAAAAGACCUCCAUUAUCUCCUGUUGUCUAUAAGAAAAAGCCCUAAACCUCAGCAUACCAUAGAAGGCCCUUCGUUUUGGCCCCAACCUGUCCCUCCAACCUCAACUCAUUUUGCUUCACCUGCUCACCCAGAGCUCCAGCCACAGGGAAUGUUUUCCAUUACUCAGAUAACAACAUGACUUUUCACAAAUCUCUUGCCUUUCCACGUUCCUCUUCCGUGAAUGCUGUUUUCUCCUGCUCCCAACAACUUUCUGGUUUAGCCCCUUUCUCUAUCAAGCAUUUAUCACACUGCAUUUUAUUAUUAUUAUUAUUUGAGAUGGAGUCUUGCUGUGUCACCCAGGCUGGAGGGCAGUGGCGCGAUCUCUGCUCACCGCAACCUCUACCUCUCAGGUUCAAGCGACUCUCCUGCCUCAGUCUCCUGAACAGCUGGGACUACAGGCAUGCAACAUGAUGUCUGGCUAAUUUUUUUUUUUUUUUUUUUGUAUCUUUAGUAGAGAUGGGCUUUUGCCAUGUUGGCCAGGCUGGUGUCGAACUCCUGACCUCAAGUGAUCUGCCUGCCUCGGGCUCCCAAAGUGCUAGGAUUACAGGCGUGAGCCACUGCACUCGGCCCAUGCUGCAUUUUAAGUAUCUGUUUACAUGUCUAUUUCCCCAGGAAAGUACAUAAGCAUCUCAGGUACAGGGAAUUGCCCUUUCCUUCUUUAUAGCUCCAGAAUCUAGUACCAAGCAAAUGUUCAAUAUAUAUUCAUUUGAACUGUGAGCAAUCAGCAAAUGUUAAAAUAAUUUUUAAGAAAAGAUUCGCAGUUUUACCAUUUCUCAGGUGGAACUGACGGAAAGAAAAACAGAUGCAAAAGAAACACUCCAACUCAAAUCUCAGGAUUAAACAUGGCUAUUGUGAAGGACCAGGAGACACCUAAAGGACAGCAGGGCAGAACAUUUAACAUCUGGAACUUCAAAGUUGUAUGACCAUGGCAGUGAAUAUACAUAACAUAUAUGGCCUUAUCAUUUCCCUCUCUCAAAUCCUUCGACGGCUUUUUAAAGACAAAGCCUCAUCCUUAAUCUUGCCUACAAAGGCUGCAUAAAAAACUUGUAGCUAGGUCCCAUGAUGCAUGCCUGUAAUUCCAAUUACUCGGGAGGCUGCAGCAGGAGAAUCGCUUGAGCCCAGGAGUUCAAUGCAGGCCUGGGCAACAUAGCUAAACCCUAUCAUUAUUUAAAACAAACAAACAAAAACAACAACAAAAACCACUUGCCUCCAUCUACUUACAAUCUCAUCUCACAGUACUCUCCACUUUACUUUCUGAACUUUAGCCAGACUUAGGCCUUCUUUCCAGUUCCGUUUUUGCACAAGCAGAUCUGCACGUAAUGUUAUUUUAAAUACCCUACCACCCCAAACUAGUUCGCUCUUAUCCUUUAGCUGUCAGUCCAAAGAUUCCCUAAGGUGUCUCCAUCCCGUGGCAGCAGACUAUAAUGCCGUUUUAUUACAUUAUAUUUGAACAAUACAGAAUAGUGUAAUGAGCAUGGAUUCUAGACUCAUAAAUAUGUCCUUAGGCAUAUUUAUUUAAGCCCUUCAUGUCUCGGUUUCUUCACCUGUAAAUUGUACUCGUAAGGUUAUUGGAAAGAUUAAAUGAGAUAAAGGAUGUAAGCACUUAGAACUGUGUUGAUAACGCAGUUCAAAGAGCCCAACAUAUGUCGGUCAUGAUCACAUUUACUUAAUUUGUAGUCACUAUCAUCCCCUCUCUCCCCUCUAGCCCCCGGAGUACCCCUGCUCCUCUAGCCCAGAGGCCACACCAGCCUGGUCCUUUUUUGUAUUCCUAGCCUCAGCACAGCGUUCGGAACAUACCAGGCCUUCAAUAUUAUGUUUUUUAAAAAUGACAAAAGCCUUGUGUCCCAAUUUUGCUUUAUUAGCCGAGCGAUCUCAAGCAAAUCACUCAAAUCACCUAUGCCUCGUUUAUCCUUCUGUGAAAUGUAAUAGCUAACUCAGAGAGGUUUUGUGUUACAUAAAGCGAUGUACCUACAAAAGCACACUGCACUUCUUAAAACGCCGUACAAACCGUAGAUGUUUAUUAAUAAACCGGAGUCCGUGUCUUCCUUCCCCUCAGGCACGUCUCGUCCCGACCCCUCCCUCCUCCCAGCCCACACCCUUACUGCGCCCUUGGCCCUCGGUCCCUUGGGAUUGCAAGCGUGGGAGCCUCGGCCCCGCGCAGCUCCCUCCAGCGUCCCGCGCCCUCCUUCCUUCCUCGCCCGGACGGACGCACUUCCGGCGGAUGUGGGGGGGCAGCCCUCGGAAACGGAAGUGAGCGGCGGGGUCGACUGACGGUAACGGGGCAGAGAGGCUGUUCGCAGAGCUGCGGAAGAUGAAUGCCAGAGGACUUGGAUCUGAGCUAAAGGACAGUAUUCCAGUUACUGAACUUUCAGCAAGUGGACCUUUUGAAAGUCAUGAUCUUCUUCGGAAAGGUUUUUCUUGUGUGAAAAAUGAACUUUUGCCUAGUCAUCCUCUUGAAUUAUCAGAAAAAAAUUUCCAGCUUAACCAAGAUAAAAUGAAUUUUUCCACACUGAGAAACAUUCAGGGUCUAUUUGCUCCACUAAAAUUACAGAUGGAAUUCAAGGCAGUGCAGCAGGUUCAGCGUCUUCCAUUUCUUUCAAGCUCAAAUCUUUCACUGGAUGUUUUGAGGGGUAAUGAUGAGACUAUUGGAUUUGAGGAUAUUCUUAAUGAUCCAUCACAAAGCGAAGUCAUGGGAGAGCCACACUUGAUGGUGGAAUAUAAACUCGGUUUACUGUAAUAGUGUGCUGUUCAUGGAAACUGAGGGCUGCAUCUUGUUUAUAGUCAUCUUUGUACUGUAAUUUGAUGUACACAACAUUAAAAGUACUGACACCUGAGAA